AUGACUUCACUCAAGAGGAUUGCCCUUGUGGGCUUGGCGAUGGCAAACACAGGCUUCUGCGUCGCUGCUAGCACCAAACCUAACUUCGUCUUCAUCAUGACUGACGACCAGGACCUGCAUCUCAGCUCCCUUGACUACCAGCCUUUGAUUAAGAAGCACCUCACGGACGAGGGUACGACGUUCAACAAGCACUACUGCACCGUUUCGCUGUGUUGCCCUUCGAGAGUGUCAUUGUUAACGGGUAAGGCGGCUCACAACACCAACGUUACCGACGUGGCGCUACCGUAUGGCGGGUAUGAACAAUUCAUCAAUAAUGGGCUGCAUGAAAAGUAUUUACCGGUCUGGCUGCAGGAGGCCGGUUAUAAUACGUAUUACACGGGGAAACUGAUGAAUGGCUUUAAAGUUGAGACGUACAACAAUCCGUAUCCUGCGGGUUGGACAGAGACUGACUUCCUCAUCGAUCCUCAGACGUAUUGGUAUUACAACUCGUCAAUGAGCCGCAACAACGAGACUUACCGGUAUCUGCCUGGUAACUAUUCGACCGACGUGGUGGCCAGUUCGGCACUGGAAUUCUUGGAUACAGCCAUUGCCGCAGACAGCCCCUUUUUUGUGGGAGUUACUCCUAUCGGCCCGCACGCGGAAAUGCAGCCAUCAGCGUCCGGCGUUUUUCAGCUGCCAACGCCAGCAGACAGACACAAGGACUUAUUUCCCAACAUCACCGCGCCACGAACCGCUUCCUUCAAUAAACUGCGAAGCGGAGGCGCUAGCUACCUGUCCUCGCUACCUGAGCUCAAUGCUACAGAAAUAGAAUACAUAGAUCUGUUCUACCGCCGCCGCAUCCAGUCGCUCCAAUCCAUCGAUGAGCUCGUUGAGUCCGUCGUGACCAAGUUGUCGGCCCACCCGGAUGUCCUGGCCAACACGUAUAUCAUCUACACAUCGGACAACGGGUUUCACUUGGGCCAGCACCGCCUGGCUCCGGGAAAGACCUGCAACAUCGAAGAAGACAUAAAUGUGCCGUUUGUUGUCCGAGGUCCAGGAGUAGCCAAGGGCGCAACUUACAAUUAUUCCACCACCCACACGGAUAUUGUCCCGACCCUGUUCCAGCUGGCGAAUAUCACGCUGCAUGAUGACUUUGAUGGCGAGCCGAUUCCCGUCACCACCGAGUUACAACAGCAGCUCACGGCCAAGUCGGAGCACGUCAACGUGGAGUACUGGGGCACGGGCAUCACGGAGGGAACCCUCCCCAACUGGAUAUCCGGUGUUUUAUAUAAUAACACCUACAAACAUGUCCGGGUAAUCGCCGACGCCUACGAUCUCUCGUACACGGUCUGGUGCACCAACGAGCACGAGCUGUUCGAUCUCACAACGGACCCGUUCCAGAUGACCAACCUUUACGCCCAAUCCGGCAGCAUUUCGGGUUACAACAGCACCAAGCUGACCGCUCGUCUCGAUGCGCUUCUGCUCACGCUCAAGAGUUGUAAGGGCCGUGCCUGUUCCCGGCCCUGGGAGACGCUGCACCCGCAGGGCGACGUGGCCAGCCUGGCAGACGCCAUGAAUGCACAGUAUGAUGAGUUUUACCUGCAGCAGCAGUUGAAGGUCAGUUUCUCCGCGUGUGCGGACGGGCACUUAACGCAGUUUGAGGGCGCGUUGGAGCCGGUGCCGUAUGGUGGUGCCGAUGUGAGAAGGCUGGUGAAGAACUGGGAAAUGUGGAGUUGA